UUCACCUUCAUCUUUUUCAUUCUACAAGUCGGUUUGGACAUUCUCUGUUCCCAGUCCAUAACUUGUCCACAACCUCUAUUUCCAUCUCUUUCUUCCCACUCAGCUUUCUCUCCAUUGAUAUCUUUUUCCUGAGCUGCUCUGGACCUUCACCUGGCACGUUACGGACGGGAGAGAGUAUCAAGAAAAUUGUAAAAGACCUGCUCAGUGCCAAGCCAGUGGACAGAUCCUGAAAAAUCUUCAACAAGACAAACCUGACAGCAGAGAACAAAAUUAAGACCCAAGAACAUAAGGAGGAGGAAAGGAGAUGGACCCAUGUACAGUAUUUAUCAACUCAUCUGACGUGAAUUGUCACUGCAAGUGAGGAGGGAGACAACCGGACAGGUGUUGCUUUUUGUUUCUGCAUUUUAAAAAAAGUCUGAUCCAUAAAAGAAGUUUUCUCUGAAAGUUCAACAAAGCAAAUCAAGCUAAAGAGACUGAGGGUGCAGAGUCAGACCUCAUGGUUUGAGUGGUGGGUGCAGAGACAUCCUGCACACAGAUGUUUUUAUAAAGUGAAUUGGGGUCAAAGCGUGAACGAGCUUUUCUUGACCCUCUUCGCUCUGAAAGAAAACACUUCAGUAUAGUGGAACAGAGCGUCAUGAAAGACUCAAAUCUCAGCUGGGGGUUGAUGGUGCUUCUGCUGCUUUGGAUCUUGUCAGUUGUCGCUGAUGCAGCCGGUGCUGUGAGCACAGAACGAGGAGGAGCUGGAAGAAGACGAGGCAGUGGCGGUGGCGGUGGAGGAGGAGGUGCGGAGAAGAGAAGGAAGUUCCACCGCAUCCAACAUGGCCAGUGCAGCUACACCUUCAUCCUGCCGGAGCUGGAUGGAUGCCAGAGUGGAGGAUUGCCAUCACAGACCGAACACUAUGGCGUCUCUCGCGGCGGGGCGAGUGUCGUGCAGAGAGACUCGCCGCCAAUCGACGGUGAAUGGUCAGCUCAGAAACUGCAGCACCUGGAAAGCACAAUGGAGAACAACACGCAGUGGUUGCAGAAGCUGGAGAACGUCAUUCACAAGAGUGUGAAGCUGGACGUCACCAGCAUACCAUCACACGUCGUUCACAAUCAAACGGCCACCAUGCUGGAGAUCGGAACCAACAUCCUCACGCACACAGCUGAGCAGACCCGCAAACUCAACGUGGUGGAAGCUAAGGUGCUGAACCACACGUCUCGAAUAGAGAUCCAGCUUCUGGAGAAUUCUCUGUCCACCAACAAGCUGGAGAAGGAGCUGCUACUGCAGACCUCUGAGAUCAGUCGGCUACGAGACAAGAACAGUCGUUUGGAGAGUAAAGUUCAGAUGUUGGAGUCUAAGCAGAAAGGAGAGCUGGAGGACAUGAAGGAGGAGAAGAACAGAUUGCAGUCUGUCGUCAGGACUCAGAUGGCGGCCAUCGAGUCUUUAGAGAGGCAGCUGAGAGUCGCCAGCAGCAACAACACGGCUCUGCAGAGGCAGCAGGCUCAGCUGAUGGAGUCUGUCCACACACUUAUUAACAUGGUGGCUAGUAGCACAGGGUCACCGCCCAGGGACCAGAAGUGGAGAGACUGUGCAGAUGCUUACAAGGCCGGUCACUCUGUCAGCGGUCUGUAUAACAUCUACAUCAGCAACAGGACUGAACCUGUGCAGGUGUUCUGUGACAUGGAGACAAACGGUGGAGGCUGGACAGUGUUCCAGCGGAGAUUUAACGGCAGCGUAGAUUUCCAGAGGAGCUGGAGAGAAUACAAAAUGGGUUUCGGCGACGUGUUUGGAGAACACUGGCUGGGUAAUGAAGUGAUGUACCUGCUGACCAGUCAGGGUCAGUACUCUAUGAGAGUGGAGCUGAGGGACUGGGAGGGAAACCCCGCCCACUCCCAGUACGACCGAUUCACACUGACCAGUGAGAGGCAGCAGUACAGGUUGUACCUGAGAGGUUACAGCGGCACAGCGGGGAGGCAGAGCAGCCUGGCCACCCAUGGGACCGGCUUCAGCACCCGAGACCAGGACAACGAUAAUUGUGACCACUGCAAAUGUGCCCUGAUGCUCACUGGAGGUUGGUGGUUUGACGCUUGUGGUUUCUCCAACCUGAACGGUAUUUACUACACCGUCGGUCAUAACAUCAGGAAGCUCAACGGCAUCAAGUGGCACCACUUCAGAGGCCCCAGCUACUCCUUGCGCUCCACCUCCAUGAUGGUACGACCCUAUGACUUCUAACAGCACCCCUGCAACUUUGUGAUGGUACGACCCUCAGCCUUAAGACCUUCCAGUAUCAUGGUGGUACGACCCUACACCUGCCAACACUCUCCAACAUGCCUUCUUGGUACUUUUCGUCUCAGCACCCCUCAGCUCCACCGUGGUACAGCCCUGCCUUUCCUCACAUUUACAGCCAUGAUGUUAAAACCUCUCAGCCCCACCUUCAUGAAAUACUUGCUGGAUAUAUUGUUUUAUGUUCAUAACUA